CUCAAGAUCCACAACUUGACUCUCGCUCAUUUGCACCCCUGCCCAAGAGGGACAUGAAAAUUGUUGUAAAAGCUUGACGGCUCUCUCAUGGUGAAAUCAAAAGACUGAUAUCACGCCUGCAAAAAAUUCCCAAAAAAAUGUCAAGCAAGCUUCACGCUUAUCGAGCGCUCCUCCUAACCCAUCUCCGUUCUCACCAGCCCAAUAGCCAUCUCCGUUUAUUGCACCAUGGCCCAGACACGGUGGAGGAGCUAUUGGACAGACACGUGGUGAAGAAAGAAAGCUUGGAUGAUGACGAAAACGAGCUCUUGACUCGCCAACGACUCACCAGCACCCGUCGCGAGGCGCUGAGUCUCUACCGAGACAUCAUCCGGGCCAGCCGUUUCUUUAUGUGGCCGGACUCCCGGGGCGUUCUCUGGCGGGAUGUUCUUAGAGAGAAUGCCCGGAAAGAGUUCGAGGAGGCCCGUUUCGAAAAAGAUCCGGAAAUUAUCACCCGGUUACUAAUUGGUGGUCGUGAUGCCGUCCAAGCCGCGCUAGAUAAGCUUGUGGAGAAACAGAAGCAGCAGAUUGAAAAGGAGCGAAACGAUUCUACUCGUCCUCGAUGACUUUGGGUUGACCACCGUGAUUGGCAUUGCAAUGGUAACAAAAGCUAUGUCUACACCAGACUUAAAGAAAAACCCUUUUGAAGGUUGCGGUGAUUGGCUGCUAAGAAUUCGAUGACGUCAAGGGUGACAACGGAUGAGCAAUGACCUAAUCAGAGAGCAAGGAGUUGCACAUCUACCAUACUAUAAAAUUUAUGUUAAUAUUCUGGUUUCAGCAGAUCAGCAAAGAAGCAACAGCCUGCAGCAACGAUGCAGUUUUGACACCAGAAGAAGAGAAAAAGGAAGGGCAAAUUAUGCGCUCUCCAUAGUUCAUGUACAGAGAAUAUGUUUGAUACAUAGGAACAAAUGCCGGAUCCUUGUCUUUUUUUUUUUUUUUUUUUGGGGUCCUUCUAUUUUCUGCACAUAGUGACAGUUACAGAAUGCCAAUUAGUUGGAUGCACUGCUAGCAGUUUUCAGAAACUCCCUCUUCCUGAUUUCUGUUCGUGUGAAGUUUGUAUGAUUGAGGUCCUUCAGCUGAAGCUAGCGGGACUUUUUUAAAGUUUGAGGGCCACCAAAAAUGGUCAUAAGUUUCCUCGA